AUGGCAAGACUCCCGAUACGCAGACCGCGACUCAAAGUCUCCAAAGCCUGUCAGGAAUGCCGCUCGAGGAAGACGAAAUGCGACGGCAACCGCCCCGCAUGCGCCAGGUGUCAGACUGGAGGAAAGACGUGCAACUACAGCCGGUCUUCAGGUGUCUCUGCCCCAAGACAGGCACCUGAACACGUUCCUGUCCUUGCUUCACCACCAUCUUCCCACGAGACAAGCCCGACCCCCGCAACCAUCGGAAUAUGCUCAUUUCCAGGCCCUUCCGGUGCUGAUCGAGGUUUAGAUCCGGACCAGAGUCAAAGCCGCGCAUAUUAUGCAGCUCACGGUCAAUUCGCGGGCCAGGUUGCCGCCGCUAUAGAUGAGAGAGCCGGCCUUGUGCCAUUAGUCACGUCGUAUCUUGUCCCACUGGUCGAUGCGCCCCUGUUUGGAGAUCUGGAUCUACCCAUCCGAUGCUCGCCUCUUUCCAUAUCCACUGAACUGCCUUGCCGGACACACGCAGAUCACCUCGUCGAUGUUUAUUGGCAGUAUAUCGAUCCAGCAGAACCCAUCUUAGAUCGCCAACAGUUUGCCCAAUAUUAUACCGCCUCAUUUGCCUCACCCAGUGUGUCUCACGUCCAGCUGGGCAUCCUCAAUCUGGUCUUUGCCCUCGCAGUACAAAGACAGGAAUCUACCCCCCUCGAGCAACGGAAUGAAGAGGGAAACACUUACUUCCAUCGUGCAUGGGCUCUUCUCCCAGCUGAGGCUAUUCUGUGGGAGCCCGCAUCCCUCGAGCGGGUGCAGUGCCUCAUGCUGAUGAACCGAUACCUCCACUGCACCAAGAAUCAGCAAAAGACAUGGAUGACCGCGGGGCUGGCAAUGCGAAUCGCACAAACCAUGUGUUGCCACACCCUGGGGACUCCUUCCACCGAAGAUGUCAGUGAAGAUGCCCGGAUAAAACGUAAGGUCUGGGCAAGCUGUGUGGCUUUAGAUCGAUGCAUCUCCUGGUCGCUCGGCAAGAGAUCAGCACUGGCCUUGAUCUCCUCGCCGACAAACAGUUCCAGGCAGGAAGGCCAACGUACGGAGCAUUCCCGUUGGGAAUCGGAGCUGCAGGAAAUUGGCAACCAGAUCCAACUCGCCCAGAUCCAGACAGGAAGCACCCUCGCGGCCAGAUCGGUUACACGUUUGGAUCAACAGGAGGAAUAUCACACUGCGGUAGUCCGCAUGGAUGCUUGUCUCGACAAAUGGGAGGCCAGCCUCCCAAGUCAUUUCCAGUUACAAAAUCUGAGAUUCCUCCAAGAUACAACAUCUCAAAUGGAGCGAUACUUGCUGCAUCUCCGUCUUCUUCACUCCCGCAUCUAUCUCUACAGACCACUUCUCGCCCGCUUCUACUCGAUGAAAUCCGAUCCUGAAUCCAAGUCUAUCACCUGCGCAAGUCUGAGUGAGCGGCUGCUCAGGGAAUGUGCCAGAAUGUGUGUCACUGCCGCCCAGGGCGUUACCUCCCUAGUCGUCGAGACAUUGGAGGAUCCAGGCCAGGGGAUCGGCAUCCUCCCUUGGUGGACGCGAAUAUACUAUCUUCACAUUUCGGGAGUGGUCUUCCUCGCUGCCAUGGUCGGAUCGGAUCUCUUCACCGACUCGGUCUCUCAAUCCUGGCAGUAUGUUCUGAUGGCUCUCCGCGCCCACGUCCACUUAAGUACAUAUGUUCAGCAGUGCGUUUGGACCUUUGAGGCCCUCGCGGCGAAGAUUUCACAAACGAACUGUCUGCCAUUGCAGGAUGGGGGCAGGUCCCUGGCGGAUGGUGCAGGUUGCUGCUUCGAUGAUAUCUUCCAAGAUAUGCGGUUCGACUUUGAUGACUUUUUGUUUAGAACAGAAGAGGUUGUCAAUUUUGAUGGGUUGGGGUAG